AUGUCUCGCUUACUCCAACUUCUUGAAGGUCCACCGUUAGAGGCUGUGAGAAGAUAUGAGGCUGUUACUGGAGGUCUUACCAAAGCACUCAAGCUGCUCGAGGAUCGCUACAGCCAACCUUGCCAAAUUGUUCGGGCUUGUGUGGAUACACUCACAAAGAGCCCAAACAUAGCCUUGAAUAACAACGAGAUGCUGGAGAAGUUUGCAGAUGAAACACAGGUUAUGUUUGACACGUUGAAAUCGUUGGAUUGCCUUGGUAAAAUGAAUGUUGAUAACCUGGAGAAGAUGAUUUUGCGUUUACUGAAAUGGAUGCAGUCGAAGUUUGCAGAACAUCUAAGGAAGAGUGAGCAAUGUGGCCGAGUGAUGCCCACAUUUAAAGAUGUCGUUGAUUUCCUGAGAGAGAGAGCAAGCGUGGCCAAUCACCAAUUCUUUAGUUAUUCGUCGAUGGGAGGUAAGGCUGAAGGUGUUCCUAGCAGUGGGGGAAAACAACAUGUAAAGGGACAAACUAUUUUGACCAUGAACGCCAAUUCGAAACCACCUGGGAAUGAAGUUGCAACGUGCCCCACGUGUGCCAAACCACACCCGUUGUACCGAUGCCAGUUGUUCCGAGCUAAAACGGCGGAAGAGCCAGGUGAUUUUAUCAACUCCCCCCUUACUAAAGCUGCUUGCACCACAGAAAUUGGCACAAGUACGCGAGACCUCGCACCUACAUCGCAUCCGGAAUCGGAGGCUUUAACAUCACAUGGAAAGUUCGACAGACGUCUUACUGCAAGUAAUUCCAAUAAGAAUUGUCAACCCUGA